AUGGAGGCCACACACUCACUCACUGUGCAAGACGCCGCCAGCCCGUCUGAGUCGACACUGACGGAGCUGGACGACAUCAGCGCGCCAGGAUCAGAGGUAGGGCCGGGUGACUGCCAGGCUCAGAUGGUGCUGCCAGAUAUUGCCCAGGACAUCGUCAAGACAUCGUACGAUGCUCAACAUUCACACAACCUGGUCUUCCCAGCUCCGCGGGGCGAUCACACCCGGAACAUUGCUUGGACAGAAACGGCUCGCCGCCAAGCAACUCGCGCAUCCAAACCCAACGAUCUCGAGGAGUUAGGCUCGCAGCUUGCAGCACAAUACUCCGAAGGCUAUAAGGCAGAUGCUGCCAGCUACGUGCGUGUGCCGUUAGAGUGCGUUGCCAUCAUCCACAGAGACAUGCUCACAAUUAGGGGUAUUAAUGACGAACUAGUCUGUGUGUGCACCUCCAUGCCCGACACCAUCAAGAGCACUCUUACAGAGAAACUAUAUGCCUUGCAGGUCUUGGCCAAGUACUGA